UUCUUCACUCUCUCUCUCCUCGCGCCCACUCUCUCACUCUCCACCUUCUUCAUGUUACUUUUCCUUGUACAGCAACCAAAAGACCCAUUUCUUCCUUUAUUUUCUCCUCUCUCUCCCAUUCUUUUCACGUCUGCUGCUCACAACACACACACAUGACCACCAGUUCUCAUAUUAUUCCUUUCCUUUCCUUUCUCCUACAGAGCUUUUAUUUUCUUCUUCUAAUACACAACAUCAUCUUUCCUCUCUUUUCAUUUCUUUGGCUGCAGCAUCACCGUUUUCAUAUUUUUCUACUCUUCCCCUCAAUACCAUCAAUUUCUUAUUCUUUUCUACUUCUCCUUUCUCCUACGCACCAUCACCAUGAACCCACAACCAUGACAGCACCCACACGUUCCUCUUCUUAUCAUGGCUGUGAGUCACACCACCACAAGCAUCAUCAUGUUUCCUUCUUCUACUUUCUUGUUGCUUUCUUUCUCUUGAAGCAAACCACCACCAUCUCCAAGGUCUUUUUAUGGUAAAACUUCUUCUCUUUUCUUUGAUCAUGUUUUAGUCAAUUAGAUUUAGGGUUAAAUGUGUUCACCGUCCCUGAACUUUGAGCGAGAUUUGGUUUUCGUCCCUCGCCGGAAAAUCUUCCUAACCCCAUCCUCAGACUCAAGUGUUUGUACGGAAACCGUCCUUGCCGCCGGUAUAGCUCCGGCAGCCGUGCACGUGGCCGUGCCACGUCAUUUAAUGAAAUGACAUGGCAUUUAAAUAAAAAAAAUUUCUUUUAAAAAUUAUAAUUAAGCCCUCUGAAUUAACCCUAAUUAAACUAAAUAAUCCUAAAACUAAUUAACCCUAAAACCUAAUCUAAACUUGACAUUUACCCCUUACUAUUCACCCAUCUCUCGACCCACCCUUCAAUCUCUCUCAGUUGAAACCUAGCUUUCUAUCCCAGGCGAAGAGCGAAGAACUUUGACGGCGGCGACGACGAACUUUGACGGCGGCGACGGCGAGGAAGGCGACUGGAAUUGACGGAGACGAAGGAUGGCUUUCAAAGCCAUUAUUCAUCACUCUGGACAAUUUGUUGAGGAGCCAAGGUUGCACUACGUAGAUGUCAAAGAAAACACUGUGGAUGCUGAUAGUGAUAGGUGGAGUUAUUUUGAGAGUCUUGAUGUAGUUGCUGAGCUGGGGUAUACAAAAGGAAAGUUCUAGGUGUUUUGGAUGAAAGACGAGGAUUUUGCAAUUCACAAUUUCAGGCCUUUGUCCACUGAUAAAGAGGCAAUAGAGUUGGGUAAAUAUGCUGUAAAGAGGGGGGAAGUACAUCUCUUUGUUAAGCAUGCUCCUGAUGAACUGCCAGCUACUCCAAUUGAUCUCCUCAGGGUACUUGAUGGUUCAAAGAAGAAAGCCAAGAAAGUUCAAUCAGGUGAUCCAAAGAAUAAGGACAAGCAGUUGGAUGGUUCAAAGAAGAGAGGGAAGCAAGUGGUUGUGGAGGCUACAAAGAAGAAAGGAGAAGCAAAAGAACCAAAGAACAAGGGGAAGCAAGUGGCUGUGGAACCUCCAAAGAAGAAAAACCAGCCAUUUAAACCUCCAUCCAAGAAGCAAGUGGAUGCACCACUGAAGUUACCUGGUCUUGAUAAUUUUUGUGCUGAAAAAUUUUCUCCAACAAAGAGGCCUGCCAAAUUCAAGUUGCCAGUGAGGAAGUCUGAUAGGAUAAGAAGCAAUGUUGUCAAGUCAAAGUCCAAUAAGAGGUUAUCUGUAUUGUUGCUUCUAGAUAGUGAUGAUGAAAGGGAGACCGUUGUUGAUAAUGGUAAUGUAGAUGCUGCUGCAAAUGUAGAUGCUAGUGGUGGCAAUUGCCAUUGCAAAUGGAGAUGUAAAUGAAGUUGCUGCCAAUGAUCCCAUUGCUGAUGGAGUUGCUGCCAAUGAUCCAACUGUUGGCAAUGUGCAUGUGGUUGUUACUGGAAAGAAGAAUGGAAAACAUCCUACAUUUGAUGAUGUAUAUGAAGAUGAUGAUCCUUUCAAUCCAUCAAGUGACACUGAGGAUUCCACAACUUCUGUACAUUUCAGUGAUAGUGAAGAGGAAAGAGCUGCAAAGGUUAAUGAUGACGGAUUUGAAGGCAUACCAGUUGGUGUUGCUGAAGCUUUGUUAAAUGAGCAGAUAAGGCAAAUGGAAGAAGGUACCUAUGAAGUACAUGGUGGUGGGGCAGAAAAUGUGCUUCCUCAAUAUGAUGAUGCUUUUGAUUGUGACCAUGAAAUGGAGGCUACUUGGGAAGAUGAAGAGUUACAUAGUAUGUCUGAAGGUGAUGAUGAUGAUGUUAUUGUGAGGAACAGGAGUAUGAGGUUUCAUGAUGAGGAUAUGAGGGCAGAAUUUAACUUUAGAGUAGGUAUGGAAUUUAUUUCAUUGGAAGAGUUUAAGGUUGCUGCUAAGGACCAUGCUGUUCUCACGGGAAGGGAGAUUUAUUUCCCCAAAAAUGACACAACCAGGGUUAGGGCUGCUUGCAAGAAGGAUUGUAAAUGGGUUAUGUUGUGUAGCAAAGUGGGUGGGAGACAAACUUUUGCAAUUAAGACAUUGAGUGGCCCUCAUACUUGUGCCAGAGUAUUCAACAAUAAGAAUGCUACUUCCAAAUUUGUUGCUAAGAAAUUGGUGGAGAAACUGAGGGGUUCAAGGACAAUGAGGCUCAAUGAUGUUGUUGAUGAGAUGAGGUUGGGUUUUUCCACUGGCAUCACAAGGUAUAGAGCUUGGAAGGGAAGACAGCUUGCUUUGCAGAUAGUUGAGGGAGAUGCAAACAAACAAUACACAUUGCUAUAUAAAUUCAGUGCUGAACUGAGGAGGGUUUGUGCAGGAAAUACAUGCAAAAUGCAGUUGGAGAAUCCUGCUGGAAGCAUACAACCUAGGUUUGGCAGAUUCUAUAUGUGUCUAGAAGGUUGUAAGAGGGGAUUUCUUCAGGGUUGUAGACCCUUUAUUGGAUUAGAUGGUUGUCAUCUAAAGACAAUGUAUGGAGGUAUUAUCUUAUGUGCUGUAGCAAGGGAUCCUAAUGACCAAAACUUUCCCUUGGCUUUUGCUGUAGUGGAGUCAGAGUGCAAGGAAAGCUGGCAGUGGUUCCUUGAUCUGCUACUGCUUGAUAUUGGUCCAGAUAGAAGGUGGAUCUUCAUAUCUGACCAAUAGAAGGGGCUACUGAGCUGUUUGGAGGGAUUUGAACACAGGUUUUGUUUGAGGCAUCUUUAUGCAAACUUCAAAAAGAGGUUUGGAGGUGGGGUUGUAAUUAGAAACAUUAUGAUGGCAGCAGCAAAGGCUACUU